GAACAACUUAAUUAGUGCUGCGAGGGCUAGAGAGAGAGAGAGAGAAAGAGAGAAUCUCGGCAUUGGACUCGAAAAGGAAAGGACGAAUCCAUUGGUCGUCGUGGAGAGUAGAGGGAGAAUAGGCGCCGAAAGGUGCAGAUCGUGGAGGAUCUCCAUCUUCUCACGUUCUCAUCGUUUCUUUCUUCACCGAAGAGAGGGAAGUGAGAAGGAUUGUUUAUUGAUUCUUAAAGAAUGUCGUCUGUCAUUGUGACUGAAUCAUUACUGCUUUAAGAAUUUGAAAUCCAACUCUCUUUUACUUUCUCAGGGUAAUCUUUGCUGUUUGAAUGCUCUCUGACAAAAGAUUGGCAUUUGAUUAUAAAUCAAUUUUGUUGUCCCAGUUACAUGAGAAUUGUCAAGCUGUACUCAAUUACUGUCCUCGUUGGCCUCCCGGUCCUACUGUUGGGACAGAACUGCUAGAGUCUGAUAGUCUUGUUGGUGGCAUAAACUGAAGUUUCCACUGUCAAAUUUGGGAAAUCAGAUGGAAGACCAGAGUCCCCAGCAACAGCAGCAGAUUAUCGAAAUUAAUAGAGAUGUGCCUGACAGAGGCCCAAGCGUUGGAAGGGUUAAGGUCUGUGGUGAAGCACCGUGUGGAUUCUCAGAUGCUGGAACCAGCUUGAGGGAUGCCAAAGAACGAUCUGAAUCCAUGCGUAAGCUUUGGAUAGCAGUUGCACUCUGUAUGGUCUUCAUGAGUGUUGAGGUAGUUGGUGGAAUCAAAGCCAACAGUCUUGCCAUCUUAACUGAUGCAGCGCAUCUGCUCUCUGAUGUUGCAGCCUUCGCCAUCUCCUUGUUCUCAUUGUGGGCAGCUGGGUGGGAAGCAACUCCGCGUCAGUCUUAUGGUUUCUUUAGGAUUGAGAUCCUCGGUGCUCUGGUUUCCAUCCAGUUGAUAUGGCUUCUUACUGGGAUACUGGUUUACGAAGCCAUUGCUAGAUUAAUUAAUAACACAGGUGAUGUCCAAGGCUUUCUGAUGUUCGUUGUUGCUGCUUUUGGUUUGUUGGUUAAUAUCAUCAUGGCUUGCUUGUUGGGACAUGAUCAUGGUCACAGCCAUGGCACUGGUCAUUCUCAUAGUGGUCACGAUCAUGAACACGGUCAUGGCCAUAGCCAUGGCCACGGCCACGGCAACCACAAUCAUGGGAUAAGCAUUGUGACACAUCAUGAAGGACAGUCCAAACAACAUGAUGAGCACGAUCAUGUUCAUGAUGCCGACCAUUCAAAGCCACUGCUUCAGAAAUCCGCUGUAGAUGCAGAAGGAGCCCAAGCCAGUCAUGAACGUAAGAAACAAAGGAACAUCAACUUGCAGGGGGCUUAUCUUCAUGUACUUGGGGACUCCAUCCAGAGUAUUGGGGUGAUGAUUGGAGGGGCAGUCAUAUGGUAUAAACCGGAAUGGAAGAUAAUCGAUCUGAUAUGCACCCUUGUCUUCUCUGUGACUGUGCUCGGCACAACAAUAAGAAUGCUGCGAAACAUACUGGAGGUUCUGAUGGAAAGCACACCAAGAGAGAUUGAUGCAACAAUGCUUGAGAGGGGACUCCGUGGGAUGGAUGAGGUUGUUGCUGUUCAUGAACUGCACAUCUGGGCCAUCACCGUAGGAAAGGUCUUGUUGGCUUGCCAUGUGAAGAUCACACGACAUGCAGAUGCAGAUAUGGUGCUGAACAAGGUGGUAGAUUAUAUCCGGAGGGAAUAUAACAUCAGCCAUGUUACCAUACAGAUAGAGCGCUAAGUGGCUUCUGCACCUUUGACGAGGUAAGAGUGGUUCAUAGUCCCAAAUAAUGGAACGAACGAAUGCUGGACUGAACCGGUGGCAAGAGAAACAUUGCUCUUCUUUUUGGCUCUGAGAAGAAUAUUUUUCUGUAAAAUCAAAAUUUCCACUGUUUGGGAAAACACAAUUUCUGGGUUUUUCCCUGGCAAAACUUUCACCCCUAAAAUCUUCCUCUGUAAAAUUUCGGACAUGUUGAGGGUAUCCUUUGUUGCCUUAAAUGGAUCAUUCAUUGCCUA